CCAAAUACACAUGGGUCGAAGACGGGACGUCCCAUUUUGGAGUCGACGUCAAAAUAAAGUUACAUGUAAAGCAUGUUAAAGUCUAGCUAGGCAGCUCGCUAGGUUUUAAAACGCAGACCAGUGUGUCCAAAUUUGGUAUCUGGAGUCAAGCGUGACAGACCCCAGGCUCAGACAAUCAAACACAGUCCAGUGUAGCUCUGCUAGUUUAACUGAACUCAUCUCAAGCUACUGUCGACGGAGGAUUUCAGACGGAUGCGGCAGAUAACGUGCAGAUCAUGGAUUCUGCGCCAGCGCUGUGACUGGACGCGCCCUCACUUCCGGUCAGUCUGACGUCUUAUUGAAUGUGACAAGAAAUGAAUAAACCCAAAAUGGCGGCAGAAAAAAGUGCUUCCCGGGUGCUGAUGUUGCUGAGUCAGCUGGAAAGACUGAACGAGGACCAUAAAGUCUCCAAUAAUGACGCCAUCCGGCAGAUCACAGGCAAAAUCCUGCACCUCCUCCAGACUCAAGAGAAGACCCGUAAGGAGGUGACGUCUAAAGGCUCUGGCGGGAUGGAGGUCAUUCUGUCGUCUCUGGAGAAUACGCAGGAUUUGCAGACCACUCUCAAUAUCCUCGCUAUCCUGAAUGAACUGUUGACUGUGGGUGGAGGCCGCAGGACCGGCGUGUUUGUGUCUAAAGGAGGAACAGCCAUUCUGCUGCAGAUGCUGGUGAGCUCCAGCAAAAACCCUCCGGCCAAUGAGGAGCUAAUGCUACACAUUCAUACUCUACUGGUCAAAGUCGGCCCCAAAGUUCCCAGUGACAUCACUUCCUCUUCAGACAGGAAGUUUGGCGUAAAAUCGCGUCUGAACGGGGCUCUGAAUGUGACUUUGAAUCUAGUGAAGCAUAAUCUGCAGAACCACAAGCUGUUGCUGCCGUGCCUUCAGGUGCUUCGGGUCUACUCAAGCAACUUGGUAAAUGCCGUGUCGCUGGGAAAGAGUGGCGCUUUGGAGAUCAUGUUCGAAAUCAUCGGACCCUUCAGCAAAAAGAGCACCACUCUGAUGAAGGUGACCUUGGACACAUUGGCGGCUUUACUGAAGUCUGGAAUGAAUGCCCGGCGUGCAGUGGACAGAGGAUACCUUCCCACACUACUCUCAAUCUACCAAGAUUGGCACCGCCAUGAUACACGCCACCGCCAUGUGGUCAUCCGCAAGAGCAUUCUGGCAUGCAUCAAAAACCUCACUAACAUUAAGCUUGGCAGGAAGGCUUUCAUAGACGCCAAUGGGAUGAGGAUCCUUUAUAACACAUCCACUGAGUGCCUGGCUGUCCGGACGCUGGAUCCACUGGUCAAUACCUCCAGCCUAAUUAUGAGGAAGUGCUUUCCAAAGAACCGCCUACCACUGCCUACUAUUAAAAGUGUCUUUCACCACCAGCUACCACACAUAGCAGCUGGUGGCCCUGUGGCGCAGCUGUACAACCAGCCGCCUGGAGUGGAUGAUGUAGUUGAUGAGAGCGAUGAGAAUGAAGCCACGGAGGUCGACACAGAAAAUGAAACGGAAUAUGAGGAUGAUGAAACCGGUCACAAAACACAGAAUGAUGAUGACAUAGAGACAGAUAUCAAGAAACUGCGGCCCAUACAGGUGAAUACACGUCCGUUCGAUGAGCUCAGAGCCUACGAGUAUUUCUGUCGGGAAUUCAGCGAGAUUUUUGAGGAUAAUGACUUUGAAAGCCCCAGAUCUAUCAUCCCUCCAUCAAGUGAUAACUCAGAGCUUCAUCGUCCCAUCAUCAUUCCCACCACGCCGAGCUCCUUGGGGCCUCAAAACAGACGUCCACUGCGAGAGGACCUUGUGACGCCCAGGCCAGAUGAAUCACCUCUGGAGCUGGACAGCAUUUCCAUAUCAAAAAGGCCAGAGGGCACAGCGGACCAUGAUCUGGUCUGUAGUUUGGGCCGUCUGGUUGUAGAUGGUGGGGUGAAUGGAGGCUCUGUGGAUGGGCUUCAGGACGAGGGCGGGGAGCAAGCCGUGCUGGAGGUGCCAGACACCGCAGCACUGCUGCCGCUGCACGACCCUGACCUUUACUUGGAGAUGGUGAAGAGCACCCGCUCAGUACCCGCCUACACAGAAGUGGCUUACCCAGAUUACUUUGGGCAUGUGGCACUCAACCUCCGCGAGCCCAUUCUAGAGAGGGUUUAUGGUGUGCAGAGAAUGAAGAUUUUCCAGGACAUUGAGAGGCUCAUUCAUUCCAGUGACAUCCUCGAUAAAGUCGUAUAUGACUUAGACAAUCAGAGUUGUCCAGUCACUGACAACGGGGAGUCUCUGAAGUUCAACUCUAAGUUUGAGUCUGGAAACCUACGGAAAGCAAUACAAGUCAGAAAGUUUGAGUAUGACUUGAUCUUGAACUCAGAUAUCAAUAGUAAUCACUAUCACCAGUGGUUCUAUUUCGAGGUGAGCAAUAUGCGUCCUGGAGUUCGUUAUCGAUUCAACAUAAUCAACUGUGAGAAGUCCAACAGCCAAUUCAAUUAUGGUAUGCAAGUGCUCAUGUACUCUGUACAGGACGCCAUCAACGGCAGCCCCCAUUGGGUUAGAACAGGAUCGGACAUCUGUUACUACAAGAAUCAUUUCUCACGAAGCUCCAUUGCAGCCGGGGGUCAGAAGGGCAAAUCGUACUUCACUUUGACCUUCACUGUGACCUUUCAGCAUAAAGAUGAUGUUUGCUACUUUGCCUACCACUACCCAUACACCUACUCAAUGCUGAAGAUGCAUCUGCAGAAGUUGAGUGCUUUGCGUACUGCUCAGAUCUACUACAGACAGGAUGAUCUGUGUGAAACGCUGGGAGGAAACAGCUGUCCCCUGCUCACCAUCACAGCCAUGCCAGAAUCCUCCAGCAAUGACCACAUCAGCCAGUUCAGAAGCCGUCCAGUGGUGUUUCUGUCUGCACGGGUGCAUCCUGGAGAGACUAACUCUAGCUGGGUGAUGAAGGGCACUCUAGAGUUUCUCAUGAGCUGCAGUCCUCAAGCCCAAAGUCUACGAGAGAGCUACAUCUUCAAAAUCAUCCCCAUGCUCAACCCUGAUGGCGUCAUCAAUGGAAAUCAUCGUUGUUCUCUGAGUGGGGAGGAUCUGAACAGGCAGUGGCAGAGCCCCAAUGCCGAGCUGCACCCCACCAUCUACCACGCCAAGAGUCUCCUGCAGUACCUCAGAGCUACAGGAAGAACUCCGCUGGUGUUUUGUGACUAUCAUGGGCAUUCACGGAAGAAAAACGUUUUCAUGUACGGCUGUAGUAUUAAGGAGACGGUGUGGCAGACCAAUGCCAACACCAGCACCUGUGACCUGCAGGAGGACCUUGGAUACAGGACUCUGCCUAAGCUGCUGUCUCAGAUGGCUCCAGUGUUCAGUCUGUCCAGCUGCAGUUUUGUAGUGGAACGCUCCAAAGAGGCCACGGCGCGUGUGGUGGUGUGGAGAGAGAUCGGAGUGCAGCGCAGCUACACCAUGGAGAGCACGCUGUGCGGCUGCGACCAGGGCAAAUACAAGGGGCUCCAGAUCGGUACAAGUGAGCUGGAGGAAAUGGGUGCUCAGUUUUGUUUGGCUCUGCUCCGGCUAAGACGCUACACGUCCCCCUUAGAGCUCCAGAACCACAACUCCCAUCUCCUGGACACGGAGAACGACCUGAUAGACACACGCGGCAUCCCCAACAUCACCAGUACCACCACUUACGUGUUGGAAGAGGAUGAGGCAGCGUUCCUGGAGGAAGUCGACUACAGCGCAGAAAGCAAUGACGAGAAUGAUCCCGAUCUUGAACCUGAUCUCCAGGAUAACCUUGCCCUCCUGGACCCCAGUUCUGAUUCUGAGUUCAGCGCCAAGACUCAGUUAACUGAAACUGAACCGGGCUCACUUUAGUGUAAGGCUUCAGCGUUCGCCUGUGUACUUCACCACCUAUGUUUGCCUACAUUAUAGAAACUCAUUUGUUCACAAAAUUGACCUAAAUUAGAAGAACCUAACUUCAAGAUUGGCUUUCUAACAACAAACAUAACACAAUAAUGCAGAAGAUCCUUUUGAGACCAUAAUGGUUAUAGAGGCUUUACAAGUUACAGCAUUAUUAGUAAUGUUAGAAAUCAGUCUGGAACAUGUCAUUAUUAAACAGAGGAAAAGUUUGGCCUUUAUUUACUCAUCCUCAUGUCAUCCCAAACCUGUUUAACUCUUAAAAUUCUGUGGAACACAAAAGUAGAUGUUCACACUUAGAAAACAUCGUUUUUUAAGCUAUAGUCCACCCAAGAGGGAAAAUUUGCUGUUAAUUCCUCAGCAUGAUGUCAUCAAGAUGUAGUGACUCUUUUUUUUUCUUCUUCAGUAAAACAGUAAAGAUGAUUCAUGAUUGGUGAUUCAUAAAAUGCAAGUCACAUUAAGAGUCAAAAAAGCAUAUACAGGCAAUACAGAAUUAAUACUUGCAGCUCCUGACUAUAUAUUAAGGUCUUAUGAAGUGAAACAGUUGGUCUGUGCAAGAAACUGAAUAAUAUUUACCACAUUAUCUACAAUCCAUAGCCUCAGUGAGCAUGUUCACAUAAUGUUUCAUUUCUUGCACAGACCGAUUGUUUCACUUCAUAAGACCUCAAUAUAUCGCCAGGAGACACAGGUUUUACUUUUGUGUUAUCUGUAUAUGCUUUUUUACACUGAGAACCACGGUUUCAGAUAAAAAUCUUCUUUACUGACCUACUGAAUAAAAAAGUUGCCUACAUCUACAACUGAGGGUGAGUAAAUGAACAGCACGUUUUCAUUUUUGAGUGAACUAUUGUUUUGUUGUGUUGUAUGUUCCACAGAAGAGAAAGUCAUAGAGAUUUGGAAGGACGUGAGGUUGAGUAAAUGACAGAAAACCCUUAAAACUGUGACAGUCCUUACAAUAAGAAAUUGGAUGAAAUGAUUAAUUAUACAAAAAUUAAAUGUUAUGUGGUAAACAGUCUCAAAUUUGAACAUUCUGGUGAUAUAUUAUAAAAGGCCAUGACCAUUUCAUAAAUACUGGUGUUUCCUUGACUCACAUUUCAUUAGGAACAGAUGGUAAUCCUGACGCAACAUGACGUAUGGUCAUCUAACAAACCACAGUGUCGCAUAACUUCAACAUGAGGAUAGAAUCAAAUCUGCACGCUCAUAACAACCUCACAGUACAGCAAUGCAGUCUAAUGAAUGCAGCGUCACUCUUGUUCUCACGAGAAGCACUCACCUGCGUCCUGAUAGGGUCACCACGAGGUCACAGCGCUAGAUCAUUAUUGGUCGUGUGAGUGCGUGUUCACGGCACAUUUUGUGGCUGUAUUGGCUUUGUAAUUGGGAGAGCUUCUGUAUUUUACUUCAGAUGUUAAUAUUUAUUUGUUGCAUUUGUAUAAUUAGUGCAUGGUUUUUGGAAGUUGCCUUUUUAAUUUAUUUUAUUAGUUUUAUUUGUUUAUUGGGAGAAAAGAAAGGUAAAACGUGAUUUUGACGCUGCCAGUGCAGAGUGUGUGAGUGUGCUUGUUUGUACUUGUGUUUGUUUGAUGUCAGCAGUUGGCCAAAGUACUAAAUGUGUGUGUGGGGUAGAGAAAAAUGUAUAAGUAAGUACUGUACGGUUGCGUUUGAUUGUUUGUCAAUCUUUGAUCGAAAGUAUGGGUAAUAAACAACAAAGUUAGACUGA